CGCCAGUUUGCUUCGCUUCUGUUGCUUUCACAGCCUCGUCGCGCGUGCCGUCGCGGCCACACAUGCUGGGCAAGGAAAGCUGCCUGUUUGGACCUGUCGUGCGAAGCGCUCACUUCAUCUGUCUGGGACCAUCUCCAAUACCCCACCCCCUGCACCAAGACAGCAACAGAAAUAAGACGUUUGCCAGCUUUCUCUCACAAGGAAUCCAGCUUUGUGAACGAACGACAGCCUACACACACGUGUAUACAUACAUAUUUCUUGCUCGAUCUCGUCCGUGCGUAAGGAGGGGGUCUUGUACAGCCACUUCACCCAGCCGCUCAUCGUAAGCGCGAAAGUUCACCACGCAAAGAACUGGUCCCAACAUUCACCAGCCGGGCUAUCCCAAAGGAUGACGUCGCAUCCGGCAGCAGCAGGCAUUCUGGCAACUGUAGAGAAUGCCUUUCAGAGCGGGGUCUUCUCCGAUCUCACCAUCCAGUGCCACGGCCAUGUCUUCAAGGUUCACAAACUCGUCGUCUGUGGCCAAUCUGAGUGGUUCGCAAAGGCAGUGAAGCAGGAUGGAUUCCAGGAAGGCCAGACAAACGUAAUUAAUUUGCCAUUUGACGACCCUCUUGUAGUGAAGGCGCUACUGCAGUACCUAUACACAUUCGACUAUACCGUUCCAGAGGAUCUGGAAGCAUCGAUUGUUUGUAGUCAAGCGCGAACAUUACAAAAGAAGACACCAGCGCGGUCGCAGUCCGGAGACACCGAGCGGCAGGAACAGCACCAUGGCCAAGAUGACUCUGUCGUCGGCCAAACAAGCCCUUCUCUUACGUAUGGAACCGAUACAGACCUGACCGGAGCAGCAGUCGAACCUUCAGCGCUCGGUAUCGGAAGCUACAGGCCCGAAAGUCACGUACAUUAUCUAUGGAGAAUGUACCGUCGCUCUCUACGUCCAAGAAUGGACGCUGAAGAUGAGUUUGGGGAGAAUGUGGAUGACGCCUCGACUGCGAAGAUCGAGGCCUCCAGGGCGGAGUAUGAUGAUCGUGCGUUACUCACCAUGCUUUUCCAUGUCAACGUAUAUGCGUUAGCAGACAGGGUCCAAAACAAACCACUCAAAAUGCUGGCAGAGCAGAGAUUCGAAAAGCUGGCAAAAAAUCAAUGGAAAUCGCCAGACUUCCCAGCCGUAGUUCAGGCCAUAUAUGAUGUUGUGCCUCCAGGUAGGGAGGGGGACUCUCUGCGUAAUAUGAUUGUUAGGUUGGUCGUAUCGCACGCCAAAGAAUUAUUCAGUCUCGACCGCGGCUUUACCGCGAUGCUUCAGGUUACGCCAGACUUUGGGACGGACUUAGCAAGAGCGCUUAGCGGCGCUGGUGUGUCGACGAAGGGACCAGAAGCCAACGUCGACUUGGAGGAACUGUGCUGCAGACAGUGCAUGUUCACAAUGAAAACCAUUUUGAAACCUGCUAUGUCAAUACUUACGUGCCCCUUAUGCAGAUGGCACGGCAAUGUGGAGGUCUGGAGAAAUGGGUCGAAGGAAUAAGGUGUCCUGGAAAAUGGACGGACAGGUCUCCUACCCUGGUGGCGAUUGGGAGCUCCAGACCUUGGAAGACUCGGCUUUAGAUUUAGUAAUGUGAGGGUUCGACGAAUGCGCUCGCUGUGUCGAUCAUGCGUCUUGCGAAAAACACGGGGAAAAACCCGACCAUGCAAGCCUGGAAAAACAGAUCGGGGUCAAAAGCCAUGUGAAAGGGAGGGCUACAUGGGCCGUCCUGAUUAAGUUGGGUUUGUGGCGACACGAAAUGGUUCAUAGCGUAAGGAGCGGUCGUUGAUAAUGAUGGGACAGUUUGAGUUUCUACAGGAUGUCCGAACGGCAAUAUUGCCAUUCUCGACGACGCAUGGAUAUGCGGGAGGACAUACGGUUCGGACCAUGCGUUGGAACAUACCAAUCGCAAACAAUCCUGAUUCCGCGUCGCAAAUCCAAUCAAAACGUAGAAAUGCGUAUACGAGGAUGCUCCCCACACCGUACACGGCGGCUUAAGGUGGAGCAUUCCUCACGUCAAGAUCGGAGGAUCUCCGUUAGUCACGGAUCCUGGACUGAGCUCAUGGCCCAAUCACGUACAGGCCGCAGUUCUGAAACUGUAGUUCAUUUUGUCUUCAGAUCAGGAGAAAAACGCUCUCACGUUCACGCACGUCAGGAUUAGGCUCCGUUGUUGGGGAGAUGAGCGACAAAGUGCCGGCGAAUGUUACUCUGGCCCUUUUUUGGGCCAGUGCAAACGUUAAGCGAUCGUUGACCCGUCGAUCCACACUCUUCUCCGCACACGAGGCGAAUCAUCGACAUCGAGGAACGGCUCCCUGGUUGAGCCACACGCUUCCGGUGGUUUCGUUGCUCGACGGUGAGUGGCAUCCUCACCGUCUUCGUGACGGGUCGAUUAUCUUUUCGAGUCCGUCGGCUCAAGUUCUAUGAUUAGAGCUUAGCUGGUUACAGAAAACGAUUGUGGAAGAAAACUCAAAAAUCACUAGACUUCUCGCCCUGCGCAUGGCCUAACGCCCUCGUUCGAACGGUGCGCAUUGUGUA